CAAGUCCUCUCAAAUAUUCUUCAUACACAAGAUCAAUAUCAACAGCAGCUAUCUCCAUUCAAGCUCAACCAUCAUGUCCUCACUUGGCAGCACCGAUCUUGCCGGUCUGACGACCGAUGACAAGAACCUGUACCUUUUCUACCAAAGGUCCGGCUACAUUGUCGAGGCCUUCUCCGAGGAAGGUGGCCCUCCCACGCAGACAUCUGUGCAAGUCGCCGCAGACGCGCAGAGUGGCGGCUCCCCUUUGACUGCCUACUUCGUCAAAGAGGACAUGAACUAUGACAAGCAUUCCACGAUCCACAUGAUCUAUCUCAACAAAGAAGGACACUUAGUUGAAAAGGUCAGACGGGUUUCUUCGGACAAGUGGGAAGACGCGCCCAAGCCUCCGGGCCAUGCCGCAGAAAACUCGCGGAUCACCAGUGGUGUGUCCCAGAGGGGCUUCGAGCGGGAAAGCUCCCAGGGAACCCAGUUGGUGUUCUUCGUAAGCCGGGAGGAGCAUGGGAAGUCGCCCAUUACUGAACUUCGCCGGGACAACAAGGGUAACUUCCACCUGGAGCACGUACUUUCGGACGAGCCCCUCUCGCUUCCCGGAACGCACCUCGCAUGCAUUGUUACUCGGGAGAACGUGGACCUGUAUCACCAGGAUCAUGACAAGAAUAUCAAGUGGUGGAGGUAUGAGGCCGAACGCAGGCGCUGGGAGAACAAGGGAAAAGUGCUUGAGGGCAGCAGAGUCAUGGUCAGGACUCCGUUGGCUUCUGUACACUACGAAGGCAAGAACCACAUUCUCUAUGCCGAUGAUCAGAUGAGAUUGCGGGACUACGUUGACGGCAAAACUAUUGAUGUUGUCCGGAGAGUCUAUGGGGACGCUGGAAUCAAUGCCAUGGUGUAUCGCAACAAGAUCAUCUUGUUCUACAAGAUGGUCGACCCCGAGGGAGCCAUCGGCACUGCGUCGUUCACAGAGGGCAAGUGGAAGGAAGAGGGUAUUUUCAUCAAGCCCUGACGGCAGGAAUGAGGAUAUUUCCACCAACGAAAUUCGUCAUGCCUCCUUGAUUUUGCUUGCUUUGCUUUGCUUUCUUGGCUUUGCUUCCUUGACCUUCUUCGUGGCGUUAUACUAAUGCUUUUGGACGGUUAACUCUGUUGUGCCUUUGCUUUUGCUUCUUCGUAAAACUGCUCCACAGAUUGGA